AUGCCGCACUAUCUACCUGUGCCUGCAAGCUGCUGGUUGAGGCCGAUUCCUCCCCGGGCUCCGGCAAGCAGCGACGAGGUGUACCUGUUUGUCGGGGGUUGUUUCUCCUCCCAGGCGAACCGCUACGGCGUGCACACCUGCUCGCUGGUCGUCGAGGAGGGAUUCUACGUUCAUAACACCGAAGCCGCAUCAUCCUUCGAUCGGCUGGCCUGCUCCAUCGGGGUCGGAAUCACCGGUCCGGCACUGCUUGAUCAUUAG